GUGUGUGCGUGUGCGUGGGGGAGGGGUAUUGGCUGGGGUGGAACAGUCCUGUAAUGAGCAGAUUUUAGAGAGAGAGAGAGCAAAAAACAAGAGAGGACAGAUGACUUGGUGGAAUCGGGAUAUUACAACAACAAUCCAGAUUUAGGUGAGCGCUGGCAUGGAGAAGACAAAGGGGAAAGGACAGGAAUAAUAUCCGCCUCUGAUUUUUGCAUCCCUCAUCUUCACUGGAGAGAGUCGCCUGGAUCCCGGCCGAGCAGAGGAGAGGAAAAGGGGGAAGAAGAGCCGGGGAGAUAUUGACACUGCUUUAUGUCCGCCAAGGCGUGUGUGCAGGGCUGAGUCCGUUUGAUUGCUAUGGAUGUGUGUCUCUGAGCGUUAGCCUGGAUUGCCUGUAUCCAGGCCAUGCUAUAGAAAAAUAUCUUCAACUCCUCCAGUUUUUUUAAACAUGGCGUAUGAGUGCAUCAGUAUCCCUGUCCUGUAUCCAUCCCUGUGAGCUGGUGAUGCAGGGAUGUGAGGAUGCUCUAAUGUGUAAUUGAGCCAAGCUCGCUCACUUGCUGCCACCGCCGCCACUCUGUGGGCCUGCGGGACUGCUGGAAAAGCCUAGGCCUCGCUUGUCUGGAGCGCCCUGCUGCACGGCCGAGGCGAAGGGCCUGUGAGGUUGCGUGGUGAGCAGGAAGGUGGAGGAGGAAGUGGAGGAGGAGGAUGAGAAGCACUCUGAGCCCGCAUGCCCAUGGGAAGCAGCAUGCACGGCAGCUGUGUACGUCACUCCAGACCCAUCGCUGAGGCUCGGAUUGCUUCUCCGUCAUGAGGCAAUGCUCCGUGGGCCCUGUCCUGCUGUUUCUAAAACACCCAGCUAGCGUUCCACAUACUAAACUAAGCGGAGAGGAAGUUCGAGGCCCUGAACCUGUAUGCUACCUGAUUUAAACGAGGCCUCCACCCUCCUUGCUCCUUCUGAGUGAAACAGGCCCUUGUUUUUUUCUUUUUCUUGACGUUCUAAGGAUUUGCCUAAACCUGUUUCAUGCAUGUCCACUGGAGGCAGGUUUGACUUUGAUGACGGGGGGUCGUACUGCGGGGGGUGGGAGCAGGGUAAGGCCCAUGGCCGAGGUGUCUGCACAGGACCCCAGGGUCAGGGUGAGUACGCUGGGGCCUGGAGUCACGGCUUCGAGGUCCUGGGCGUGUACACGUGGCCAAGUGGGAACAGCUAUAAGGGCACCUGGGCACAGGGCAAGCGGCAUGGCAUCGGAGUGGAGACCAAGGGUCGCUGGGAAUACAGAGGAGAGUGGACGCAGGGGUUCAAAGGUCGAUAUGGGCAGCUGGAGAGCACGGCCAGCGGGGCCCGGUACGAGGGGACAUGGAGCAAUGGGUUGCAGGAUGGAUAUGGCACUGAAACCUAUUCUGACGGAGGAACCUACCAAGGCCAGUGGCUGGGAGGGAUGCGCCACGGCUAUGGUGUGCGACAGAGUGUGCCGUACGGCAUGGCAGCUGUCAUCCUCUUCCCUCUGCGAACAUCUAUAAACUCUCUCCGCUCUGAGCACAGCCAUGGCCCUCCUGCUGUGCUGGAGGAUGGCACUGCCACCACGCCUACAGAUGGGGUGGUGGCCGGACUGGCUGGGAGCCCAGUGGGCCGGGGUGGGUUUGCUCUUGUGGCACCGAGUGAGGCCGAACGGCAGAGGAAGAGAAAAGGCCGCUUUCGGCAGUCUAUCCUAAGUGGCCUGAAGCUUCGGCGCUCUGAGUCCAAAAGUUCUCUAGCCAGUCAGCUCAGCAAGCAGAGCUCCUUCUGCAGCGAGGCCGGCAUGAGCACCGUCAGCUCUGCUGCAUCUGACAUCCACUCCAACACCAGUGAGAGUGAACAGGGCGCUCCUGUGGAUGCCACUGUCACUGAGAUGUAUGCUGGAGAGUGGAGGAGUGACCAGAGAGCUGGCUGGGGCGUGAGCAGGCGCUCAGAUGGCCUGCAUUAUGCAGGCGAAUGGGCGGGCAACAAGAGGCAUGGAUAUGGCUGCACCACCUUCCCCGAUGGCACCAAGGAGGAGGGAAAAUACAAGCAGAAUGUGCUGGUGAGCGGAAAACGCAAGAACCUGAUCCCCCUGAGGGCCAGUAAAAUCCGAGAGAAGGUGGACCGAGCUGUGGAAGCUGCGGAGAAGGCCGCGGACAUCGCCAAGCAGAAAGCAGAGAUUGCUGUGUCGAGGAUGAGCCACGCUCGUGGGAAGGCAGAGGCUGCAGAAGGUGUGGCGCAGAAAGCCACGGAGGAGUGUCGACUGGCUCGGAUAGCUGCCAAAGAGCUUUCACCCUCCUUUCACAUCUAUGGCAAUGGGCUCGAAUGUCAGCGGCCCAAACACCAGGGCACCAAGGACAAAGACCAUGAGGUCAUCUCCACAGGAACAGACAGUCCAGAGCUGUGCACUCCUGACACCACGCCACCUGUGAUAACACCUGAUCUCAGCCCCGUGCUGAGCGUACCCACCUCACCUCCCCACAGUCCACUCAAACACACCCAUCGCCCGAGGAAUGCUUGCUUCAUGCGCCAGAGCGCCGUGGACGAUCAGGGCGGGGCUGAGAUCCAGGUGCUGGUAGAAGGGCGGGGGGUGGAUCUGCCGAGGGGCGGGGCUAACAAUUGGAGCGACGACAUGUAUCCGGAUCGAGCGUGUAGCAGUCGCUCCACUACGCCCUCCCUUCUGGAAGAGCAGGAGGGACAACUAAAUGGCCACGAACAAGCCCCUUUGUCCAACCACAAGCCACGGGAGAAAUCCAUUUCCAAUCACAAGCCCCGGGACCACGCUUCCUCCUACAGAGCCUGGGAGCAUUCCUUGUCCAACCAAAAGCUCUCCAAGCACGCCUCUUCCAAUCACAAGUCAAGAGACUACUCAUCGUCCAAUCACAAAACAUGGGAUCAUUCGUCCACCAAUCACAAAACCUGCGAGCAUGCCUCUUCCAACUACAAGCCACAGGUGCACAUUUUAUCCAAUCACAAGGCCUUGGAUCACAACAUGUCCAAUCACAAGACUUCUGAGCAUGCUUCUUCCAAUCACAAGCCCCAAGAAUAUAUCUUGUCCAAUCACAAUGCCAAGGACCACGUCUCUUCUUCUUGUUACAAUCCUCGAGAGCAUGUCUACUCCAACCACCAUCCAAAGCAGCACAACCACUCCAACCACAAGCUUAACGAGCACGCUGUAAUCGACCAAAGGCUAGACGGCCACACCGGGGGCUGGACUGCUGAAAGCACCCUUAGGUGGAGCCCCGCCCACUCGCGCCUCUCAGAGCAGGACGAGGAGAAGAUGAAUGACUAUACAGUCGACAUGAGGCUGCACUGUCCGGACUCGCAGACUUCUCGGGGGCUGGGACAAGAGUCCCCGGCCCCCAAGAACAACAGGCUGCGAUCCAGAAGCCUUCGACCGGUCAGAGAAGGAUCCAUGGACUCUGUACAGAUGCUGGACAACCUGAAUGUGGGGGCAGAGCUGGAGGAGUGGCCACUGCACAGGGACCUCACCCUCUCCCCACCUCUAAAGUCUCAGCCCAUCACUCUGGAGCAGGAAGGAGAGCAAUUCACCCUCAAAUCAAACUCAGGCUCCAGCUCUAUUCUGGUGGUUAUGGUCAUUUUACUCAAUAUUGGAGUAGCCAUUCUUUUCAUUCACUUCUUUAUUUAAGCUUAUACAGGUAUGAUCUACUAAGACUUAUUGAUAACUACGGUAUAUUAUAUGAUUACUUAAUGAGAUGGACGUUCUGUCUAUUCGACUGGAGCCCGCAGCCCGAGUGAAGGACACAGCAGAGCCUUUCUAUUGUUGCUACUGUCUUUUUCACCUCUGUUGAAGCCCAUUUCAGUUUCUACAAACACACCAUUUCUUUUCAAAUGCUUAUUUUGACUUUCAUUCGAUAUAACUUCCAUAGAACGUCCACAUGAUAAAAGGCGGUUGAAUUAGAGUCACGAGAAAAAAAGAAAAUGCAGCUUUAGACGAGCGUGUUGUUUCGGGCUCACGUGCACGGAUGCCCGUUGCUGACAGAUCAGUGGACUGGAGAUGGCACAGGCAGCGUUGCCCAUUUUUUAAAAUCAGUCUAGAAAAGAAUAUAGCAACCCAUGUUCCUCGUUAUCAUGAGAAACACACUCAGUCCUAAGCCCCCUUUUGCCUUUGAACCUUUUUCCUUUCCUUCAAAUCCAUCAGUCUCUAUUCGCACUAUGCGCUACAGAACUAUGCUGCAAGAGUAGAUCCAUUUUAAAGGGCUCCGUCAUUAUUCUUUUCUCUUUUUCCCCUCUACUACAUAAACACGCAACCAUUGCAUGAGGCUGUGUGAGAUUUUAAAAAGUGCAUUUUUCUAUCCCUUUAACAUCACUGUUCUGUCUUCAUUUGUGCGCACUUCAUCCUGAUGGUCACCUCUCGAUUGUCAGACACUUCACAUUCAACCAAAAUCACAGAGUAUGACCAAAUCAUAUUUGAUUUGCGAAAUCAAAUGCCAGCGACCAACACAUGCCAAGCCCUCCUGGUCUAAUCCGAGAGGAACUUUCUGAAUUCAUUACAAGUAAAGUGGAACCACAUAAACACACGUUUGCGUGCAUAAUAAACCGAACAAAAAGCAAAAGAAAAAAAACACAUUUAACUGCUGACAUACUGAGGAGGUAUCAGCCUUGCCCCUUUGUACAGCCUUGAGACUGUUAUGUUAUAAUCACUAAUUCUAAUAUAUAAGUGUAUGUGUCAUUAUUCUUCAAGUUUGUUACUUUUUGCAGUUUGCAAGACAGAGAGAAUGCUGAGUGCCUCGUAUUUAUUCAUUUUGGUUCUCAAAUUGAUUUAAAAGCCAACCCUAGAUCAAACACCCCACACGGGCAGGCUAAGAGGAGACAAAUAACCUUGAAAAUUAAAAAAAAGCGAUCCCCAUCCUUCGGCCCUCCACACAAUCAGCCCUUCCCUCUUCACCCUGAAAUGGCAUGCACUGUUUUGUCUCUCUCUCCCAGUCGCCCCUUUUGGACCAGUCGAAAAGGGAAAAAUGGGGUUUCUACGGUGUCAUUUCCAGAAAACUGGUUUUUUUUUUGAGACCGGAUGAGAUUUUUGUUUCCAGCAUGUUUGUUUAGCCUGCUCAAUCUGGUGUCAGUUUGUGAAUUUCUCCCUCUUGUCUCUCUUAUCCAGCAACACAAGGCUACGUGAGACAUGGAGAGCAGUGUAAAAUAAACGCUAGCUUUUAACUCUCAGUGGAUACUGAAAUGUCCCGAGUUUAUGAAUGAUAUAAAAGAAACUCUCUGCUACUGUAUGUUUUAUACUUCGCACCCAGUGGCAUCAUCAUGUUGUGACAUCAUUGCAUGCCCGAGCAUGCUCUUUCUUACUCUUUGGUUUAUGAGGUUGUUUCAAAGUUAAUGUGGAGAAAAUAAUGAAAUGUUUGAAAUUAAAGAGCUUGGU